AUGUUGUACUUGCCUUGUGUGUCCGAUCGAAUAAGUGAACAUGGUGGCCUUGUUAAAUGUCAACGCGGACUAACAAAUGGGACCAAGUUGAAAGAAGUCGGGAAGCCAUUAGUGAUAGAAGAAGCGAGAGAUGACUCCUCCUCAACUUAUGGAGGUUCAUUUAAAGAUACUCUUCACCUCUCGUCUAACAUAUUAAUGUUUAUUUGUGGGAAGCCAAGCCUCGUGAUCCUUCACAUGUUUGAUAUCCCACCUACAAUCGAGGCAUUGGAUGGUGUGAAGAUCGAGUUGCAUCGAUCGGGACUCGCGGAGAGCAACGCAUUUUUAUCAAGGAAAACAUUUUUCAAAGAAACUGGUGUCCCGACCUUUCAGAACUUGAGAUAUAGAAUGUUGUACAUCAGCUACGGUGCAACCAUUUCAGAGCAAGCAAUUGAGAGAGCCACCAGCGAUAAGAUUUCUUUCCAAAAGUCCUAG